UAUUAACUUCAUUGACCUUUUCUUUGCCUCCGCCGCUCCACAUGGACCAACAGCCACCACCGCAGCCAUCUCCUUCCACCGUCCCCGCCGCACUGACCCCUACUCCUCCCAACGCCACCGCUUCUUCUAGUGACCCGUCUCAACAGCAGCCACAACAACAACCUCCACUAUCACAACCACCAACGCCGUCGCCGCAACAGCCGCAGCUAUCGCAAACGUCACAAAUUCAACAACAGCCAAGCCAACCCUUUCCCUCAAGAACGCCCUCAACGUUCCCCAGCCCUAACCUAAACCCAAAACCCUUACCAAAACCCCAACAGCCACCGCAGCCGAGACCAGCACUCUCCGCUCCUCAGCCCCGAAUUGCUGCCACAUUCUUACGUCCGUGGCAGCAACAGUCUUCCCAUUUCAUCAAUUCCUCUUCCUCUUCUCCCUCAGUCACAUCGACCCCCGCGCCAACUCUUUCCUCCCAGCCGAGAGGCAGCAUUAACCUAGGUGCUCCAUCAUCCCAUUCUAGCCCUUCUCCUCCAUCUCCAUCUCCUUCCCCUUCACAACCCUCUCCGUUUUCGGGUUCCUUUGGCCAUUCCUUCACUGGGGCCUCCAGUUCCAAUGUUUCCCAGUCUAGGCCACCAAUGCAAGGAAUGACAAUUGGAUCACAUUCACAAAUGAGGCCACCUGGAAUUUCUGCCCAACAUCAACAAAGACCUCUACAAUCAUCUCUUAGACCACCUUCUUUGCCAAAUAGCCAAUCCCCUGCUACCCAAAAUUUCCAAGGGCAUGGAAGUAUGCGAGUGUCAGCUGUUGGUUCUUCGACACCAAGUACAUUGCAAACUUCACAGGUCCAUAAUCAGCCAUGGCUAUCAUCUGGAUCCCAAGGGAAACCUCCUCUGCCUCCCCCUUCGUUUAGACCACAGAUUAAUUCACCAUCCUUGCAGCAAAGGUCACAUAUUCCUCAGCAACAUCAUUCCUCGCCAACAGUUCCUCAACAACAGCAUGUAUCAUCUCCACAGUUGCCACAAUCUUCAUCACUUCAGCCCCAGGAGCAUUUCAGACAACAAAUGUCACCUACGCCAGGACCCCCUCAAUCUUUACCCCAUCAACAACCUCCGCGAGCUCAGGGUUCUGUAAAUCAAAAGCCUUCUUCGCUUGCAACAGUACAACCAAGCACGGUACAGUUGGUGAACCAAAAUAAAGCAGCUCUUACAGAAACUGACGAGUCUGGUGGCAAGAUUCUUACCAAAAGAAGCAUUCAUGAUCUACUUAACCAGAUUGAUCCAUCUGAGAAGUUGGAUCCUGAAGUUGAAGAUAUUCUUGUGGAUAUUGCAGAAGAUUUUGUGGAUUCUAUCACAACAUUUGGUUGCUCUCUGGCUAAGCAUAGAAAAUCCGAUACAUUGGAAGCAAAAGACAUUCUCCUACAUCUGGAAAGAAACUGGAAUAUGAUUCUCCCCGGAUUUACUGGUGAUGAGAUCAAGACUUACAGAAAACCGCUUACAAAUGAGGUUCACAAAGAGCGGCUAGCAGCGAUAAAGAAAUCAAUCGUAGUUAGUGAGGCAUCCGGUGGGAAGCACUUUCCCAGCCAAGGUGGUGUAAAUGCAAAGGGUAACCUUGGAAAAGUGGGUGCUAAUAUCUUGGGCUCACCAAAUGUAAAAAUUUGAGAAGUUACACGAGGCUCCUUUUUAGACAUUGUUGAAUGUUGGAAACAAUUUUGCUUUAAAGGUAUGAGAACUAUUGUGUUAGUCAUUAUGCCAUACCAUAGGAGGUGCUCAUGAGUCCUGUGCAUCCUGCAUUUUUUUGUGAGUAAUGUAAAGAGCUAGUACUAUCUUGCUCUCCGACGAUGGCUCGGAGCCGUU